UUUUCAUCUGUUGUGAUUCCUAUAGUGAUCUGUGAUGUGUUUCACUAGGGGCACGUCGCCAGGCGAGACCAAGCUGCUAGCUUCUGAGAUCUACGAGAUCCUGCAGAACUCUAGCAGCGCAGAAGGCGAACAGGCAGAAGCAGCUGCCUCUUGCAGAAAAAAAGCCCAAUUUUUCCUGGGCUCAACGAACAAACGGGCCAAAACGGUGGUGCUUCAGAUCGACGGGCUUGAUGAUUCGGCUCGGAGGAGUCUUUGUGAAGAAGCCCUGCUAAAGAUCAAAGGUGUCAUCAGCUUUACCUUCCAGAUGGCUGUGAAGAGAUGUGUGGUGAGGAUCCGUUCAGACUUGAAGGCCGAGGCGUUGGGAACUGCUAUAGCUUCAACCAAAGUCAUGAAGGCACAGCAUGUAGUGAAGGGGGAAGAUGGAUCGGAUAUUGUAAUCCCAUUCCAAGGGGACUCUGAUGUGGUGGUCGAGCAGAACAUAAGUUUGCCGGAUUAUCUGCCUGAGGACGAGAGCCCGUCUCAGGAGCAGUACAAGGCUGUGACACGACUGGGCUCCGUGCAGGAUGGCGCGAGCUGGCUGAGCACGGCCGCCAACUUCCUGUCCCGCUCAUUUUACUGGUGACCCCAUGACUCCCCGCAUGCCCCGCCCCUUUACAACCCGCCCUCGACGUGCCAGACUGCCAAGCGCAUCCGCAAUAAACGUAUAACCUUGUUCCAACUAUAAAAAAGGCUACAACAGGCGGCUGUAAAUGGUACGCGAUCCAACCUGCUCCUGAAACUCAUGUUAGCUCUGCAUACGCACCUCACGAGACACUAAAACCUGAGAGCAACCGGGAGAAGUUCACAGAAAGCAUUUCAUGUGUAUCUGCUCUCUCUUAUUCACCUUUUAUGUUUGGUCAUGGGAAGGUUUUCAAACGAUGCGCCCCAGAUUCUCCUUGCAGGUUUGUUUCUGUUGAGACUAAACAACGCCUUGGGGGUUUCGCCAGGCGGGUCGUACCUUGAGGUUUUCUAAAUUUCUACAAAUUUGGGUGCUUUCUGAUGUGUUCUAACCCUUCAUCUCAGCUUUCUUGUACAUUUUAAACGAUUUUUUUGUUUGUUUUUCAAUUAUUUGAUAAUCCUAAUAUUACUUUAUUCAUCAGCACUUUUCAAAGCAUGCAUAUUUUUUUGAACUGUGUGUGUCUUUGCUAUGUAGCUUGUUGAUUAAUUUUCUCGGUUUUAAAUCCUCUUUAUUUGCUUCGUCUGAACUUCUAAAGCCUUCUGAAGACGUGAUUUUUAGUUUUGAAAUGUGUAGUGAUGGUUCACUCUUCCUCACAGAGCUCAUUUCACAUAAAACAUAAUUAAAACACCUGCACUGGUUGGUGUGCAUUAAUAAUAAUUAACGGUUUAACGCCUCCAGUAAAGGGAAGCCACCAGGAAAUAGCUGUUACUAUGUGUGUAAUGCUAACCUUUUAUGUUACAGCAUGUGCCAAACACCAGAUAACCUUCUUUACACUAGCAAAAUAUGUUGUAAAAUAGCUCUGACCCUUUAGGAAUUGAUAUUAUAAACUUUUUUUUUUUUUUUGUACCUUUCUUAAAUGUCAAUGCCGUUUUCCUUUAUGCCAUGCUGACUAUUUAUAAAAUGAUUUUUUUUUGUGUGGGAGUGUGUGUAUUCCUAAAUACCAUAAAUCUGAAUGUUUUGUUCAGGGCCUUUCAUACACAUGGUCAUUUUUAAUGUGGGUUUUUGCUAGCCAAAAGUAUGAUCCAGUUUCUGACCGGUUAUGUGCCCGUUACCUCUGCAUGACCAUCACCCCUUGAGAUUUCCCUGACCGACGGUGUCUUUUAACAGUUUAGAUAAUCAACUGACCUCACAUAUUGCAUUCAGGACGUUCAGUCCGCUCAGGGAUGUGUGUACGUUGUCCUGCAACUGAUGGUCUCAUGUACGUCGCAGUUUAACACCGGUGCGUUCCCAAAAGGAGACCUACACACAUCGAUAUCAAAAUGAGUUAAACCAGUAUAUGUCCUUUCCUAAAUGUACCUUUCGUUUUAUUUUUCACCUUAUGCUGGAAAACUUGGGUUGUCGUAAGGUAUCAGUGUUUGCACCCUUUUGUAUUUUUCCUCAUAAUCAGCAAUGCUUUAAGACU